GAGCAGGAGCAAGAGCCAAGGCCGAGGCCGUGUGUUUACCCCGCCGCCAGCGUGCCUCCUGUGCUGCCCCGCCGUGUUUGCCGGGCCCUGUGUGUGAGGCCUUUACCGAGCCACAGCCCCGCGCCGGAGUGUUAUCGGGCACUGCACCAAGUCACCAAGCCCCGAACACUUCCCUCCCUCCACUGCAUGCCAAGGGAGCCACGCACAAGGGAUUGACGCCUCCACCGCCGCUAGUGAGGAGUGCCAGUCACCACCACCACCAUGUACCUCUACAACCUGACCCUGCAGCGUGCCUCGGGCAUCACCCAUGCUGUCCAUGGCAACUUCUCCGGCACCAGAAUCCAGGAGCUGGUCGUGUCCCGAGGCCGUUCUCUGGAACUCCUUCGCCCAGACCCCAACACUGGCAAGGUCCACACCAUCCUCACCACAGACAUAUUUGGUGUGAUCCGGUCCCUCAUGGCUUUCAGGCUGACUGGUGGCAACAAAGAUUAUGUUGUGGUCGGCUCAGACUCUGGGAGAAUCGCCAUCCUUGAGUACAACCAACCCAAGAACCAGUUUGAGCGCAUCCACAUGGAGACCUUCGGCAAGAGUGGGUGUCGCCGCAUUGUGCCUGGCCAGUACCUUGCCAUCGACCCAAAAGGCCGCGCUGUGAUGAUUGGCGCUGUGGAGAAACAGAAGCUGGUGUACAUCCUUAACCGUGACGCAGCAGCCCGGCUCACCAUCUCAUCCCCCCUGGAGGCCCACAAGUCCAACACUCUGGUCUACCACAUGGUUGGUGUGGAUGUGGGCUUUGAAAACCCACUCUUUGCUUGCCUGGAGAUUGACUAUGAGGAGGCAGAUACAGACCCCACCGGGGAAGCUGUCCACCGCACACAGCAAACCCUGACCUUCUAUGAACUAGACCUUGGCUUAAACCACGUGGUGAGGAAAUACCACGAACCCCUCGAGGAGCACGCCAACUUCCUCAUCUCAGUGCCAGGUGGUAACGAUGGGCCGUCUGGUGUGUUGGUGUGCUCAGAGAACUACAUCACCUACAAGAACCUGGGUGACCAACCAGACAUUCGCUGCCCUAUCCCCCGCCGCAGGAAUGAUCUGGACGACCCCGAGAGAGGAAUGAUCUUCAUCUGCGCUGCAACACACAAGACUCGCUCCAUGUUCUUCUUCCUCGCCCAGACAGAGCAAGGCGACAUCUUCAAGAUCACGCUGGAGACAGAUGAAGACGUAGUGACAGAAAUCAAGCUGAAAUACUUUGACACAGUUCCACCAGCUACAGCCAUGUGUGUUUUGAAGACCGGCUUCCUCUUCGUGGCCUCAGAAUUUGCCAACCACUACCUCUACCAGAUUGCACACCUUGGAGAUGAUGAUGAUGAACCUGAAUUCUCCUCUGCGAUGCCACUGGAGGAAGGCGACACAUUUUUCUACGCUCCUCGCCCUCUUCAGAAUCUUGUGUUGGUGGACGAGUUGGACUCCUUGUCGCCCAUCAUGGCCUGCCAGAUUGCUGACUUGGCCAAUGAGGACACACCACAGCUGUACACAGCCUGCGGACGUGGCCCGAGGUCAUCACUUCGGGUGCUGCGUCACGGGUUGGAGGUCAGCGAGAUGGCUGUGUCUGAGCUGCCCGGUAACCCAACUGCUGUGUGGACCGUGAGGAAGCGGAGUGAAGACCGCUUUGACUCUUACAUCAUGGUGUCCUUCGUCAACGCCACGCUGGUACUCAGCAUCGGAGAAACUGUUGAGGAAGUGACAGACUCAGGGUUCCUGGGCACCACCCCAACCCUGGCCUGCUCCCAGCUGGGUGACGACGCACUGGUGCAGGUGUACCCAGAUGGCAUCCGCCACAUCCGAGCUGACCGGCGUGUCAAUGAGUGGAAGGCACCAGGCAAGAAGACAAUUGUUCGCUGUGCCCUCAACCAGCGGCAGGUUGUUAUUGCACUCACUGGUGGAGAGAUUGUCUACUUCGAGAUGGACCCGACUGGCCAGCUCAAUGAGUACACAGAGCGCAAGGAGAUGAAGAGUGACGUCAUCUGCAUGGGUGUUGGGCGCGUGCCAGCCGGGGAACAGCGGUCAAGGUUCCUGGCCGUGGGGCUCUCGGACAACACUGUCAGAAUCAUCAGUCUGGACCCUAAUGACUGCUUGACACUGCUGGGCAUGCAAGCACUGCCUGCCCUGCCUGAGUCACUGAGCAUCAUUGAGAUGGGUGGACAGGAGGCCGCAGAUGGGGAGCCACGCACACUGGGGGCUCUCUACCUCAACAUUGGCCUGCAGAAUGGAGUAUUGCUACGUACGGUGCUGGAUGGAGUGACUGGUGACAUGUCGGACACACGCACACGAUAUCUUGGCUCCCGGCCGGUCAAGCUCUUCAGGAUCAUCAUGCAAGGCAAUGAGAGUGUCUUGGCUAUGUCAUCACGGUCCUGGCUGAGUUAUUACUACCAGAACCGAUUCCACCUGACUCCUCUCUCCUAUGAGAGUCUGGAGUAUGCUGCAGGAUUCUCCUCUGAGCAGUGUCCUGAAGGUAUCGUGGCCAUCUCCACCAACACCCUGCGUAUUCUGGCCCUUGAGAAAUUGGGAGCUGUCUUUAACCAGGUGUCUCACCCCCUGGAUUAUACUCCUCGCAAGUUUGUGAUCCACCCUGAGAGUGGACACCUGCUGCUUAUUGAGACAGACCACAACGCCUACACGGAGGACACCAAGCGCCAGAGGAAGAUGCAGAUGGCAGAGGAGCUGAGAGAAGCAGCUGGAGAGGAGGAAGCAGAGGUGGCCGAGAGGAUGGCAGAAGCACUGCUAUCCGAGGACCUUCCUGAUGCAGUAUUUGGGGCAGCCAAGGCCGGGCCGGGCAUGUGGGCCUCCCUGGUGAGGGUAAUUGAACCCAUCCAAGGAAAGACCCUCCACACCAUACACCUGGAGCAGAAUGAGGCAGCCUUCAGCAUCGGUCUGGUCAAGUUUGCCAACCAGCCUGACAUGGAUCAGCAAUUCCUGCUUGUGGGCACCGCACGGGACUACCAGCUCAGCCCUCGUCAUGUGGAGUGUGGCUACAUCUACUGCUACAAGGUGUCUGCUGACUGCACCACGCUGGAGUUGGUUCAUCGCACUGAGGUGGAGGACAUUCCCACCUCUAUUUGUGCCUACAGUGGGCGAGUGCUCAUUGGUGUGGGCCGCCUCCUGAGGAUAUAUGAUCUAGGAAAGAAGAAGCUGCUGAGAAAGUGUGAAAAUAAGCACAUUCCCAACCUCAUAGUGGACAUCAAGGCUCGGGGCCAGAGGGUGUAUGUGAGUGACGUGCAGGAAAGCCUCUUCGUGCUGCGCUACAGACGCCACGAAAACCAGCUCAUCAUCUUCACCGACGACACCAAUCAGAGAUGGGUGACCAAUUCUUGUCUCCUUGAUUAUGACACUGCAGCUCUGGCAGACAAGUUUGGCAAUGUGGCUGUGGUGCGGCUAGGCAAUGAUGUUAAUGAUGACGUAGAUGAAGAUCCGACCGGCAACAAGGCACUCUGGGACCGUGGACUGCUGAAUGGAGCGUCACAGAAGGCAGAAGUGGUGGCAAAUUUCCAUGUGGGCGAGACUGUCAACACUUUAGAGAAAGCCACACUCAUUCCUGGUGGCAGCGAGUCCCUUGUGUACACUACACUCAGUGGAACAGUUGGUGUCUUGGUCCCAUUUACCUCCAGGGAGGACCAUGAACUCUUCCAGAACCUGGAGAUGCACAUGAGGUCUGAACACCCUCCCCUGUGUGGCCGUGACCAUCUCUCCUUCAGAUCUUACUUCUUCCCUGUCAAGAAUGUGAUCGAUGGUGAUUUGUGUGAGCAGUUCAACAUGGUAGAUUCAGCCAAGCAGCGCUCCAUUGCUGAAGACCUUGACAAGACUCCGAAUGAGCUUUCAAAGCGACUAGAGGACAUCAGGACAAGAUAUGCAUUCUAAGAACAGGAAAAAGCAGUGGCUCAUUCCUUGGUCUUAGCCUUUUUUUUAUCAGUAUCUCUACCCAUUCAUGUCCUGCUCUCAUCUUCAUCACCAGCCUCGCUCAUCCCUCGAUUAUUCUUCAAAUGUGAAAAUCACGUUACGGAGCAGACUCAGUCAUCAACUGUUCUCUGCCUCUUGAAAUUUGUGACACUGACUUGUCUCAUUUAAAUGUCAAUCAUCCCCCAAUUCUCAGCCUCAGAAUGUCUUGACUUUCUGUGCAUUCCUAGCCCACCUUUUACGAUCCAACCAUCUCUCAUCCAGGCUAACUAAUAUUGACCAAUCAUAUAUUUUAAGGCCUGGCAUCAGUUUAUCUGUGAUCUGUGUCAGUGACUUAGUUUUUAGUGUCCAUUGAAUAUGUUUGCAAGCCAAACCCAAUAAGUUUGAUUUUUCACUGACAUGGAUUUAAAGGCAGACAUGCAUACAGAUUACAGAUAAAUGGAUGCCCAGCCAAAGUGCAUGCUUGGAGUGCUCUGUAAGGGUAAGAUCAUAAUGUUAGUACAGUUCUGAAGGUGUCAUAGUUGCUAUUGUGGAAUUUUGGCUGUCCAUUAUCUGUUUUCAUGACUUCCACCUUUAUUUAGAUUUGCAUUGAAAGAUAUCAUAGUCAUUGUUAAGUAAUCACCAAAAGUACAUCAACCUGGCACUGUUGGCAGUAAACAUAGGCCUCAUUGUAUCCUCACAUUGAGGAGACUUAUUAGAAACUGGAAAAAAUUAAGACUAAACUAAAAUGUGAUUCCCAUUAUAUGCCAUCAAUCUUCCUGUUACACUGACUGACUGAUUGGCAUGAUGUUCUUGCAUUUGUCUAAUGGACAAAAGCUGCCAAGUCACUUCACAGCAAUAAGUCAGUGGAGUAAGCUUUUAUCCACCAUGAGUUUGUUUCUCAAGUGUCAAGUUAUGUAUUCAACGAGCUAAUAUUAAUGAUGCAAUUUCCAAGUAAACCUGUUCCCCUUUAUUCAUGGGGUUCACCUCUGGGAACAGAGAAUUUUUGUGAAUGUUUGGUGUUUCACCCCCACAAAAAAAAAGCCUCAAGACCUGCAAAAAACAAAGAAAGCAAUUUUACUCAAACUACCUAAUAAAGUAUUUCUGUUACCUGAAAGCAUCAUGAAAUAUCAUAAAUAACAUCACUCAUCAGUUAUACUGUGUACUUUGCACGUGUAUUGUAAUUCACAUAAACUUGCAGUUAUUUAAAUUUUGCUUAAUUAUUGGGUACUCACCAUGAAGUCACCAACAUUUUCCUUUCACCUUCAAGUGCUUAAGCAUAUACCAUGAAAAUUAUUUACUAAUGAUAUUUUUUUUUUUAACUGGGUAAUAAAAAUAUGAAACAGAUGGUAAAAAAUAGAUCAUAACUACAAGCAGUUGAUAAGCAUAAACUAACCGGCAUUUCUGUGGCAACAAAGUAAUAUGGUAGCAGGCUGUUCAGUACCAGUACUGAAGGGUAUUGCCUGUACAUUAUUCAGUAUAUUCAGUAUUCUUGAUACUGAUAGAUCAAACAUCUAUAUGUAACACUUAUGUAAGUGUAGAUGAUGAACUGUUAAUAUCAAAAGUUUGUUUACAUUUAGCAGUUAAGUAGCCAAAAGUUAUGUGAGAUUUUAAUGACUACAUAUUUGUAAGAAGUUUACAUAAAUUGCAGUGCAGAUUAGAUAUAACUGAUGAAUAAUGCUACUUAUGAUAUUUUAUGCUUUUUGUGUAUGUAUACAUCAUCCUCUCCCUAGGAACAGCUGAAUCGUCCAUGGCCACCUUUGUGCAUUUUGGGAGAAAUCUGCAAGUGCAAAUCCGCGAGUAGUGAACCCACGAAUAUGGCGGGACAGGUGUAUGGGUAUUCAUAUUGUGUAUUUAAUGCCUGACUGAUGAGUGGCAUUAUGGUAAUGGGCAGCCACUUUAGAGAACAAUAGUGAUGCAUCAAAUCUAUAAAAAAAUAUAUACAUGUUAGGUGGUAUGAGUGGUGUAUGGAAACAUGGAGGUACCAUUUGUACUUUAUUUCCUCUUACUUUUCAACAGUUUUUCAGAAUGAUACAGCGUACAGAAAUGGCCGCUUAUGUAUCCUCAUGGUGGAUCAUCUCGCAGAUUGCCUUGGAACAGAGCUCUGAGUGGCUCUUCCGUGUCUGCCUCCUGGCCACUGUGUGAGAGGCAGAUGAAUCCCUCUCUGUGGUUGGUUGUAUCUACUGUAUUAGUGAACUCCAUUCGAAGGUGACCUGCGAGAUGAUCCACCAGGGGAUAUGUAAGCAGCCGUCUCUGUGCAUUGUGUCAUUGGCUCUGAAGAAGACUGUCAAAACACAGGAGGAAACAUAAUAACUGCCACAUCCUGUGCCUCCCUACACCACUCAUACUACCUGUUUUCACACCUUCUCUUAUACAUAUUAUUAAAAGUUAUUAUUUUGUAUGUACUUUUGCAACCGACAGGCACUUUUAGAUGAAGUGACAUGUCAGAAGUGUAAUAUUUUUUUUAUGAAAGUACAAAUUUAUAAAUUACAUUUUUUUCAUUAAUUACUAGUAUUUGAGAUUAAUAUCUCAUUCAUGAGUCAUGUCUUAUAAAAAAUAAUAAAAGUGUUUAAUGGAACUAG